CUACAAACAAAAUGCCUAACAUCAAAUUGCAAUCAUCGGACGAUGAAAUAUUCGAUACAGAUGUACAAAUUGCCAAAUGUUCCGGCACCAUAAAGACCAUGUUGGAAGAUUGUGGCAUGGAAGAUGGUGACAAUGCCGUUGUGCCUCUGCCCAAUGUCAAUUCGGCCAUUUUGCGUAAGGUUCUGCACUGGGCCAACUAUCACAAAGACGAUCCCCAACCACCAGAGGACGAUGAAAACAAAGAAAAACGUACCGACGACAUUUCCUCUUGGGAUGCUGAUUUCCUCAAGGUUGAUCAGGGUACACUGUUCGAAUUGAUUUUGGCUGCCAAUUAUCUGGAUAUUAAGGGCCUGCUGGAUGUUACAUGUAAGACGGUAGCCAAUAUGAUUAAGGGCAAGACACCCGAAGAGAUUCGCAAAACUUUCAAUAUCAAAAAUGAUUUUACACCAGCCGAAGAAGAACAAGUGCGUAAGGAGAACGAAUGGUGUGAAGAGAAAUAAUCUGG